AUGGGAUUACCUCGUACUCCUUACAUGAGAGAAUAUGAUGGGACGUUAGAGUUUAAGGAGCGGGCCGAAGAAACUUUAGUCUGGGUAAAGGAGUUCUUAUGCUGGAGCAGUGAAGGUGUUGGGAUUUAUUCAUCCGUCGUGCUCUCAUGGCGGACCUACAGGACAGCGUGCAGGCCAAGGUUAAGAAAACAAGGGAAGGUCUGCUGUACUGUUUGGGAGCAAUCUGGAUUACAAUUAUGCCUAUCUUCAAAUGCCUUUAUAGGGAAGGUUUGCUGUACUGUUUGGGAGCAAUCUGGAUUACAAUUAUACCUAUCUUCAAAUGCCUUUAUAGGGCUACCAAAACAGGGUAAACCUCUGCACAGUCAUCUGGGCUACAGCCAAGCCUAUCCUCAAAUGCCUCUUCAGAGUGUGCAGACUGAAAAAGCAGUUCUGAAGCAACCAAAGGUUUUUCUCUGUUCAAAGAAAUCUGGGAAGGUGAAAAGACCAGGGAAAGUUGGCAACAGGUUUUGGAAUAAUAUUGGCCUUCGUUUAAGGACCCCAAUGGAAGCUGUUCGAUGUAGUACAGGACAUACGCUGACAAAAAAUGGCCAUUUAUUGGUAAUGCAUCAAUCAGGGGGUCGCAUAUCGGCUGGAACCUGUGAUAGUGCAAAAAUGAACUGCACUAGAAUAGUCCGCAGGAACUAUCUCCUCUUUGUUAAGAAGUAUUAAAGAUAUGAGAAAAGGCAUUCGAAAAUACCAGCUCAUAUUUCAUCUCUUAAGGAAAGAAAUCACUUAUUUUGGACAAUCCAGGUAUGCACAGUGGCAAAAGCUUCCAUUCAAAUCGAAUGUCUGUAUGGUAAGAAUUCUUUUGUAUUUGCUUUGAGAGUUCUUAUGAUAUGUGCCCUAUCCAGGCCUUUCUCCAAGGCCACGAUUAGAUGUUUUGGAAAGUGAUGUCCGCCGGUUCUAGCAGUGUUGAGCAAAAGAAAAGCUUCAACAAUUUGUGUAAGUUUCAGUAUUAGGUAGCCUUUUAGUUGAAAGUUAAUUUUGAUCCAAUUAGAUUUGAGUCAUAUUUUAAAGUAUUGAAUAAGGGCAUGUCCCCAUGCUUAGCUUAUUUUGGCUAGCAGCAGCUGCUCAACUUUUUAAGGAGACAAGCGGCCCCAUGGAUAGUCAAAUGACUGCUUAUUUUUAUGCAAUCUUCUUAAAUUAUUUUGUAAAUGAAAUUAUUAAUAACAUUUUUUACAAUAAAAUUCAUAAGC